AUGCCGUACGCUGACUCGCGUUCCGCCGUCCCGGCGGCCACAAGCUCCUCUUCAAGCCCAGUAUCGCCAAUCACCUCGCUGCCCGUGGAGCUUUUCCUGGACAUCGCGACGAGGCACUGCCCUCUAACGGCGAAGAACCUUAACGCCCUCGCCAGGACCUGCCGCAGCCUCUACGAGCUGCUGAACCCCCUUCUCUACCGAUUCAACGUCGAGACUACGGGAGCAAGCGCCGCCAUGCACGCAGCAAGACACGGCCACGUUGCGGUGCUUGAGCGCCUGGCCGCUCAUGGCGCCGAUUUUGCCGCCGUCAAAGACGAGGAUGGAUGGGAGUACGGCCCCGUCGGAGUGGCUGCGCGACACGGACAGGACGAGAUCCUCUCGUGGUUUCUCCGGCAGACCGGCGUCGGCGAGUCGCCGCUCGUUCUCCACAGCGCUCUGGUCGGGGCCGUCUUUGGAGGCCACGUCCAGAUCUGCCGUGUGCUUCGGCAGCACGGCAUAGAGCUCCAGGUUCUUGCAAAGAAGGAGAAAGGGCUGGCUGUUGCUGAUGCCCUUCAACGAGCCAGAGCUGACGUGAUUUCGGCACUUGCUAAGCGUCUCAUUGGAGAGGAGGCUGAGCACCUCAUCAGGAAUGGGGACUUCCCGGAGGACGCGGCUAUGGUGCCGAAGGAGCAUGACUCCAAUGAGGAGCAACACGGAGUGAAGCAGUGCCUCACCAAACAUGCCGAUUCCAUCAAGGCCACCAACAAGACGAUUCACGACAGCAAUGGCCAAGAGACGCCCACCAACGCGUUGACAGCCACCCCGUCGCCCUCGUCCAUGCGCCCCGCGCAGCCAGCCACGGGGGUUGGAAGCCUUCCCACUGAGCUGAUGCUGGGCAUCGCCAACACCCUUGGUUCCUCGGACCUCAACUCGCUCGCCAGAUCCUGCCGCGGACUUUCCAACCUCAUCACUCCGCUACUCAUUGGCACUCUUGAACGGCUCGUCGAGGCCGGCGCCGAGGUCAACUCCAUGGUGUCUGAGCCAACCCGUCGCUUUUGUCCAAUCCACAUCGCAGCAAAAUACGGCCAUGUCGAGGCGCUGGCGUGGCUCCUCGACCACGGUGCCCAGAUGGACGACCUCAGCCAGGGAACGAGAGAAGGUUACGGCGGACAUGCCGGCCCCAACAUCACGGCCUUGCACGCAGCCGCCACGUGCAACAACGUGGCCUUGAUAGACUACCUCGUCGAACGGAACUUGGUUCACCCGGCGAGGGCCAACAGAUGGGGCGGCCCAGCACUCUACUACGCGGCCGUCGGAGCCCAUUCUGGAGGAGGGCCUUUUGAAGGCGCUGGGAGUCGGUGGAUAACAAGCUGA